AGGUCGUGUCAUCAGCGGCUAACAUGAUAUGCAGUGGCUUCUACUACGGCACAUCGUUCGGUUGAGGCGGUGUUCCUUUGGCCUUCAACAAUCUAGAAUGUUUAUUUAUUAACAAUUAAUAGAUUCGUUUAACAAUCCAAAGCAAACAUGGCAUCGCACCUCUUCAGAAGGUUGACAGCGUUGAAGAGUAUCCCUCGAGCAAACCUGUUAAACAAUGUGCCUUCGAUGUCUUACAGUAAAAUUUACGAACCGGAUUAUUUGGAGGCUUUGAAACCGAAAUAUCCUCUUUAUCCUCCGUUAGUCGUGAGAAUCAGAAGUCACGACUUUCCAAUUUUGGAAAGCUAUCAGAGCUGGAUUCACAAAGUAGCAGAAGCUAUGGACUUUGAUAUGGAAGACAGCUAUCCCAUGCCUGCGAGAGAGACAAAAGUCACAAGGUACAAACACAAGUCGACGGUUGUGGAUGCUCAAUAUCUGCUGAGAAUGUACGAGAGAGAUUUGAUGAUAUCUAACGUGCCUUCCAUCAGAUUGCCGAUAUUUAUAAGGGUAUUAGAAGCCGCUCUACCAGAAGGUGUGAUCCUAGACAUUGAAGAGUAUUCGCAAGAAAAGGAAAAUUACAGAUAUAUACCGGACAAACAGUUGCUGGAUUUGAAGCAAGAACUGGAGGACAUACAAAAAUCUAAGGACAAUAAGUCUAAGAAAUAGGUUGUUCUUUUUUGUUGUAACUAUCGAAUAAAUAUUUUUAAGUUUAAUACAA